AGCAGCUUGUACAGAACCAGACAUAAGACCAAGAGGCAGCACUCACUGACUUUUUGAAAACUGGGAACUACACAUUUUUUUAAUGUGAAUUGGUUCAUUUUUACGUGGCUUGUAUUGAAGGAUUUCCAGCAAAGAGCCAAGCUGUUUGGAGUUUUCACAACUUGAAUGGAGACUGACGAAAUGCAAAAUGUACAACAACAAGAGGACUCAGAGAAAACUCCUUAAACCGUCCUACAAGAAAAGCAGCUCUCUACAAGAUGUCCUCCGAGAAACACUCAUCCAAACAUUUGGACCCAUAUGAAGAGGACCAAAGUCCCUCUUCUGUUCCCAAGAGAAAGAUGUCUGACCUCAGCCAAGUUUCUGUUUUCUCAGACUCCUCUGGCAUUUAUAAGAAUGUGUUUUGCAACCUUGCCUUUGAGCUGGAGGAGGAGCGAGAGGAGGGGGUGGAGGGAUUCAGGACCUCUUCAUCAACCCCCGAACCAAUCAAACCACCAGCUGCUAGCCUUGGUUGUGGAUUCGUAGAAGUGUGUUGGAUGCGUCUCCGGGGUCCUGGUCGGAGCUGGGGGCUAGUGGUGGUUUCUGCUACAGUCCUGCUCCUGCUGGCAGCCCUGGGUCUAGCGCUGGCUCUCAUCCUCACUCAUAUAAAAGAUCAGGCCGUGGAGGAUCAACUGAUGACCACUCCUGACCUGCAGAGUGAUGGACAUGAAGCGUCCCCUCCUUCACCCACAGUCCCCUCAAACAGAAGUCACAUAAAAAUCACCGCCUCACCUCAACCUACCCAGACACAUCCACGUGAGACGAGCUGUGGAGGAGUUAUGACCGACUCUGAGGGCAGCUUCAGUUCUCCGAACCAUCCUGGCUCCUACCCCCCGAACUCACUGUGUGUGUGGGUGAUUCAGGUCCCGCCUCCUCACCUGGUCCAGAUUCAUGUUACCUCUUUGGCCGUGGAGGGUCCGUCUCCCUGUCUGUUUGACUGGCUGGAGGUGCAGGAGCCUGUUGAGCAGAGUUCUGUGGUCACCAGGUUUUGUGGUAGCGUUGCUCCACCAACCUUUAACACAAACAGCAGCACAGUGUGGGUCACCUUCCACUCCGAUGGCAGCAUCACAAACAACGGCUUCGCUGCACAGUACAGAGCUAUCCUGCCUGGUCACAAGAGCUGUGCCAGAGAGGAGUUCAUGUGUGACAACGGUCGCUGUCUGCUGCCCGUGUCUGUGUGUGACGGUCAUCCAAACUGUAACGACCAAAGAGAUGAAGCAAACUGUACUCACAAACGCAGCGAAUGUGGUGGCCAGAUGUUUGGGCCAUAUGGUUCCAUGGCGAGUCCAAACCACCCCAGGCCUUAUCUUCACCAGCAGUUGUGUGUAUGGUAUAUAUCUGUUGAUGAGGGUCAUAUCAUCACACUGAGCUUCAGAAACUUUAGCCUGGAAACUCAGGACGUGUGCGAGUUCGACUAUGUGGAGGUGCAUGACGGCAGAACCACCGGAGCUGGAAGGGUCUUGGGGAGGUUUUGUGGGACCACCAUCCCACCAGACCUGACCUCCUCUGGCCCCCACAUGACGGUGGUGUUUGUUUCCGAUGAGGGAGUGGCCGACAGCGGGUUCAACGCAACGUACCAGGCUGUAUCUGUCCUUAACAGAACAUGUGGUCCAAACCAGUUUAACUGCAGAACAGGGGAGUGUGUUCAGCAGCAGUGGCUGUGUGAUGGAUGGGACGACUGCCCUGAUGGAGCAGAUGAGCAGGGCUGUGGAAACUCCACCUACCCUCCCUUCAUCUCAUCAUGUGAGAUCAUAGAGGUGGAGAUGUGCCAGGGCCUCAGCUAUAACCUGACGUCCUUCCCAAACAUCUGGUUAUCCAUCUCUGACCAGAGAGAAGCAGCCACACUGCUGCGACAGUAUCGGGUGCUGAUGGAGCUGGCGUGCUUCAAGCCCCUGCGGAGGCUGGUGUGUGGGAUGUUUCUUCCUCAGUGCAGCCCUCAGGGCGGCGUCCUCCAGCCCUGCCAGUCAGUCUGCUCCUCUGCUGAGCAGCAAUGCAGCCAGGCCCUCGACCUCUUCUCCUUCAGCUGGCCCUUCAACUGCCACCUGCUGCCGGACUCGCAGGACCCCCUGGAGUGCUCACAGCCUUAACGUUUUAAGAUCCCUAUUUGUGGCAUUACCGCUUUGUCUGAUCUGGUAACUUAAACUUGUAGCAUGUUUGAAUGUCUAUUUAUCAUUUUGAUGCCAUUAUGUAAAAGAUAAAAAGUUGUGAACAGAAAAUAUCUUUAAAAUGCGUUUUAUUGCAUUGUUGCUUUUUUUCUCAUUUAUAAUGCGUUUUUGAUUUUUUUCCAGUUUACAGCAAAGAUCUUAUCUAAAUAAAACCUGUUGAAAAAUGA